AUGGAAGUUCUCGGCCAAGUAUCAUUUAAAGUUAUUCCAGAUUGCAAAAUGGGCACAUUGCACACAUUGGAGAUUGAGAACUUUAAGUCAUACCGUGGAAAGCAUAUAGUCGGGCCGUUCAAGAAUUUUACAGCGAUCAUUGGUCCCAAUGGCUCUGGUAAAUCAAAUCUGAUGGACGCCAUCUGUUUCGCGCUAGGAGAAAAAGAAGCGAAACUACGCGUUAAAAAAUUAGGAGAUCUCAUCCAUGGAGCGCCCCUAGGGAAACAGGUGUCGGAAAGUUGUUCUGUAACAUUAAAUUACAAAGACGCUGAUGGGCGUCAGAGAAGAUUCUCUCGCUCAGCAACUUAUGCCAUUUCCGAGUACCGUGUGGAUGGACAGAUUGUUUCUGUGCAACAAUACAAUCGUGAGAUAGAGAGCGUUCAAAUUUUCAUCAGGGCGAAAAAUUUCCUUGUUUAUCAGGUAAGAGAUUUGUACGCGCCUGUGUUUUCUUCUGAUCAUUCCUUCGCUAGCUACCUUAUUUCUCGUAGCGGUCAAAUAGAGGCCAUUGCUAUGAAAAGCCCUAAGCAACGUGCCGCUCUGAUCGAAGAAAUCUCGAGGUCCGGUGAGCUUCGAGAAGAAUAUGAUCGGCUGAAAGCAAAAUUGCAAGAAGCGGAAGACGACUUCCUAGAAAAGAUGAAGAAGCGACGAACUAUUGCCAAGGAGAAGAAAGAAGCCAAAUUGGAAGCAUGCUCUUUUCAGGCUGCCAAGCAGCGACUCCUUUUCCUACUUGAGUUGUUCCAUUGCGAACACCGUGGUGAACAAGCCGAGGAGGAACUGGUUCGAAGGAGAAACGAGGUAUCUGGACUGGAAACUCGAAAGAAUGAUACUGAGGAGUUAGUAUAUGAGAAGCAGGAACUGGUAAAGAGAGUGCAGCGAGAUCGUUUUAGAUUGGCGAAGGAGAUUGCUGAAAAGGAAAGGGAAAUUUCGCGUCAGCGUCCCCUAUAUGUUCAAGUGAAGCAGGAAGCAGUCCAUGUGAAAACCAAGCUCGAAACUGGUAACAAAGCGUUGAACGCUGCACAGAAACUCGCUGAGAACACUGAGCAACUGGUGGAGAUGCUUGAGAAGGCAGCAAGUGAUGCAUUGACAGUUUGUGGAACAUCCAUACCAAUUGGCCUAAUUUAUCUGCAAAUGAAUGUUCCAAAGAUAAAUGAGUACGUUUCACUGAAACGUGAAGCUGGAAAAAAGUCAGCGAUGUUCGACAUCCAGUUGGAUACCUUGAGACGAGAACAUGAAACUGAUCGAAGCUGCAAAGUGAAUGAAGAGCGUCGCAGGAUGGAGUGGCAAGAGAAGGUAAAAAACAAGAAUCAGGAAAUUGAGCGACUCAAAAAGCAGGUAAUGCUUUUUUGUUUGGCAAAUGAGCUAUUGCUUAGAAAAAUAGAAUAUCUUGCUGAACACGCUGAACAACAAACGGAGGUAUUCCUUGGUGAGAAAGCGAACCUAUUAGCAAUAGAAAAGCAAGUCAGAGAAAGCAAGGAGAAGCUCGAGAAGCUAUCCGUUGAGCUAAGUGAGGUUAACAAGCAACUUUCGGAUGCAUCAUGUGAUUCAGUAGAAUCUGAAAGAGCGCGACAACGCAACGAAGCCAUUCAGAACCUCAGACGAGUAUUCCCGGAUAAAGUUUGCUCAAUGUACGAAAAGGCUUUGUUCGAUCAGACAAAGAGACCUCUGCAACUUGCCUUUGGUAAUUCGCGUACAGAGGUUACCACUUGUAAAUAUUUGGUCGAGAAUUGCAGGAAUUUGAAACGAGAGCACAACAGAAAUGCUGGGUUGAAUUAUGCUUAUGUUGCCAUUUAUGGUCGGCUCGUUGAUCUCUGCCAACCAAUCCAUAAGCGGUUCACCUUGGCUGUUACAAAAGUGUUGCAAAAACACAUGAUGAGUAUUGUUUGUGACUCGGAGGACACCGCAAGGGAUGCUAUUAUGUACCUGAAGGUGAUGUUCUUCAAAAUCAUUAUCAUUGUUGCACAGGAGCAACGCUAUCCUUCCGAAACUUUUCUUCCCUACAAAGGCCUUGUCGUUUCUCCUGUUAGCGAGAAGCUACGAGAAUUGACAUAUACGAAACGGGUGAAACUCGUGUAUGACGUUAUUCGAUGUAGCCACCCAGCUGCAAGGAAGGCUUUGCUAUUUGCGAGUGGUAAUGCUGUUAUAUGUGAAACCGCCGAAGAUGCACGAACUCUUGCGUAUGGAACUACCGGAGGCGAUAGGUACAACGCUGUAACUCUGGAUGGUACGAUGUUUCAAGAGAACGGUGUGAUAGGAGGUGGCGGCAGCGAACUGCAAAUUCGUGCGAAAAAAUGGGAGGAGAACGCUUUAAGAUUCCGUAGCCAUGGACUCAUUCACGUCGUUCUGUUAUUUUUCUGCUAUAUCUUUUUCAGGAAACUACAUGAACGCCGUGUACAGCUUUUGGAGGAAAGCAACACGUUACAUAGAACUCGGAAGAAUGAAAUGGACGUCGAGAUGCAGAGUUUUCUGAAUAACCACACUCUAACACGAUUUCAGCCAAAAAUAAAGGAAAUAGAAGAACGCAUGGUAAAACGACGGAGGGAGAUAGAAAAACUGGAAGAGAAGAGUCAUGCCAUUGCUGAUGACGUCUUUGCCAGUUUUUGCUGCAAAAUUGGGAUAAAAAAUAUUCGUGAAUAUGAGGAACGCGAAAUGAGAUUUCAUCAGGAAAGAAUUGGCCGAAUACGAGAAAUCGAGAACGAGCUUGACCGAAUUCGUGGCGAAGUUGGAUACCUGCGUUCCGAGGGCAGAAACAAGAAGGUGAAGCAAGAAGCAGACAAGCUGAAGAAACUGGAGACAGAAUUGGAUAUAUCGAUGAAGAAAGAAAUGGAGGAAGGUAAAAAGUUGAGUCGUUUGGAGAGAGAAAUGGAGGAGUUGAAUGUUGGAGCAAUACAGAAGAAGAUCGAACAAAAACAAUAUGAAUCCGAAAUUAGCGCUGUGAAGAAUAAAGUUCAGUUGGCACAGCGUGAUGUGACAAGUGCUGAAAAAGCAGUGUUGGCUUUAGAAAGCGUAGUUACUAGAAAACAAGCUGAAAAACAUGCCUUACUACGUGCAGCAAGGAUAAAUCAUAUCCAGAUCCCACUGGUAUCGGGAAGCUUGUCUGAUAUCGAUCCCGAAGAAGAAGACGAAGAUGGGGACGGAACUCGGUCUUCCAGCUCCACCAAUCCCUCUCAGGAACAAACUAAGCGAGAAUCGAAAAUAAAGGUCAACUACAGACACUUGCCAGAAGAUUUGAAAGAGGUUGGGUUUUGGUUUCUCUCUUUGCACAUCCUUUUCUUUUUCCAGAGGAUGAAUGAUGAGGAAGACUUUAAGAGACACGUAGAAAGAAUGAAUAAGGAAAUAAACGAAGCUCAGACGGCGUUAUCACGUCUAAGUGCACCUAACCUUAGAGCAACUCAGAGGUGCAGUUCUGUUUUUCGAGUUAUUUCUAAUGUUCUUGUUAACACUCUCACGAAGUGUGACCUCAAGAGUGACAACAUAGUUUUAUAG